UUUUAUUCUGAAGAAGCGAAGCGGAAGUGUGUUGCCUGCCAUGUCACAUGUUGGUAAACGUUCUCCUCUGUUCUCCUCUGUUCUCUGUUCUCCUCUGUUCUCUGUUCUCCUCUGUUCUCUGUUCUGUCUGUGUGGACGCGGUGGGUCGGUCCUGUACUGAACCGGACUCUGGGGCCGGGAGCGGGAUGACAUGGGACCGGAUGAAUGAGCUCCUGCGGGGGAAGCGGCAGCGCGGCUCCGCCGGCCGGAGGCGGUAGGUCGGCGCUGCGGUGGCUGUCCGCGCCGCUGCUGGCCGCCGCGGCCCUGCUGCGGCUGCUGCUGGCCUGGCUGUGGGCCGCCGCCCGGCCCGCCCGCGCCCCGCUGCCCGGCGGGGGGCGGCCGGAGGAGCCCGGAGGCUCCGACCGCAGCGAGCGGAUCCGGAACCACCACCGGCAAGCCUUCCAGUUCAUCUCCGCCGCCCUGAGGAUCGACGAGCAUGAGCAAGGUCCCAAGCACGAGGCGGUGCAGCUCUACAGACGAGGCAUCGCUGAGCUGGAGAGAGGCAUCGCCGUCCAGAUCCCCGAAGGAGGACACAAACAUGAGCGGGACAAACGUCUGCAGGCCAAGAUGACCACCAACCUGAUCAUGGCCAAAGACCGCCUGCAGCUGCUCGCCGCGGUGCUUUCAGGGUCCCAGAGUCAUCGGGACAUUUACACUGACAUCACUAACCCCGCCCACCUGCGCUCAGUAAGUGGUACUGUACCCAAAAAGAGAGAGUCCACUCCCUCGCUGCCACGACCAAAGCACGCUCCAAAGACUUCCUCCUCCUCUUCCUCCUGCUCCUCUUCCUCAGGGGGGGUCGCGGCCCACCAGCGCUCCCCACACCUGAGCCGACCCGCCGCCCGCCCCCCCGCCCCGAGCAGUAAGGGGAGAGCCGGCGGCCGGCAGAACGGCAGAGCCAGCAGCCCGACCUCGACACCACAGAAGAAGAAAGAGCUGAAGAACCUGAGGAACGUGGACAGCAAGCUGGCGAGCCUCAUCCUGAACGAGAUCGUGGACAGCGGGUCGUUGGUUCGGUUUGAAGACGUCGCCGGGCAGGAUUUAGCCAAACAGGCGCUGCAGGAAAUCGUCAUCCUGCCGGCUCUGAGGCCCGAGCUGUUCACAGGCCUGCGAGCUCCGGCCAGAGGGCUGCUGCUGUUCGGACCGCCGGGAAACGGAAAGACAAUGCUGGCCAAAGCCGUGGCCACGGAGUCCAACGCCACGUUCUUCAACAUCAGCGCCGCCAGCCUGACCUCCAAAUACGUGGGGGAAGGGGAGAAGCUGGUGCGAGCUCUGUUUUCUGUGGCCAGAGAGCUUCAGCCCUCCAUCAUCUUCAUCGACGAGGUGGACAGUCUGCUGUGUGAGCGGAGGGAAGGCGAACACGACGCCAGCCGACGCCUGAAGACCGAGUUCCUGAUCGAGUUCGAUGGGGUCCAGUCUGGAGGUGAUGACAGGGUUUUGGUGAUGGGGGCGACCAACAGGCCUCAGGAGCUGGACGAGGCUGUUCUCAGGCGUUUUGCUAAGAGAGUUUAUGUUGCUCUGCCAACUGAGGAGACUCGCUUCAAGCUGCUGAAGAACCUGCUGGGCAAACAUGGAAACCCCUUAACCCACAGAGAGCUGAGCCAGCUGGCCAGGAUGACGGAGGGUUACUCUGGCAGUGACCUCACCUCAUUGGCCAAAGACGCUUCCCUCGGUCCAAUCAGAGAGCUGCGUCCUGAGCAGGUGAGGAACAUGGCCGCCAGCGAGGUACGCAACAUUCGCUUUGGCGAUUUUGUGGAGUCUCUGAAGAAGAUCAAGAGGAGCGUGGGCCCGCAGACCCUUGAGCUUUACGUCCGCUGGAACCGAGACUACGGAGACACGACGGCCGUGUGACCUUCAGACCACAGAAGGUCUUUUACUGACUCUGCAGCAAUAUUUCUAAAAAAGACCUUUUUCUCCCCAUGAUUGGCCUGUCGCUCUCCAGACUUUGGACUCUGUGAUCUCUGGUGGUUCCUCCAAAGAAAAGCAAAGAGUCCAGACCUGGACCAAAGACGUAGACCAGAGCGAGGCGGAUCCAGCGAGGCCACAAGCAGCUCAGGUGUGUCCAGAGGUGAUUAAAGGUGUAGAUCCACCUGCCGGAGCUCUGGACUGAAACCUUCAUCAUCACAGACGUUUCAUGAACAUUGAACUUUACUCGGCCGUGAGCUCCCUGAAACGGUUUUAUGGUUUAUGUUGGAAAGUUGUGCUGCAUUUGAGACGUCGUGAUUCCAGCUCCUGUGAGGAAAAGUGGUCUUGAACGCCUCUCCCAGCAGGACGUCCCACUGUGGUAACCCUAACCCUAACCCUAACCCUAACUGCGGAAACCCCAUUCAACCCAGAAACAGGAAGUGACAUCACAGCAAGUUCCUCUGACAGGAGCCAUUUAACCGCCCAAGACGCGGCGACGCUUUGGGCUCCGGUUAGGUUAGGGUCAGGGUCAGGGUCAGGGUUGGG